AUGGCUUCCUCUCUUCUCUCUCCAUCAUUCACUUCCUUCCUCCGCACCAAGGAUCUCUCUCUCUACGCAUUCUCCUCUCAGAGAUGCCUCAAAGCGGUUCCAAAGAGAAUCCGUUGUUCUGUGGCGGCGCCUCAGCGCCAGCCUUCUACCACUGGAUCAGUGAGAACCGCAAUGACCAUGACUGAGAAGAUAUUGGCCAGAGCUUCUGAGAAGGCCCAGUUGAGCCCUGGGGAUAAUGUUUGGGUUAAUGUUGAUAUUUUGAUGACACAUGAUGUUUGUGGGCCCGGUUCUAUUGGGAUUUUCAAGAAGGAGUUUGGUGAGGAUGCUAAGGUUUGGGACCGUGAAAAGCUUGUAAUAAUACCUGAUCACUAUAUAUUUACAAGUGAUGAACGUGCCAAUCGCAAUGUGGACAUAUUAAGAGAUUUCUGCCAGGAGCAAAAUAUAAAAUAUUUUUAUGAUAUCAAGGAUCUUAGUAAUUUUAAGGCAAAUCCAGACUAUAAGGGUGUUUGCCAUGUUGCUCUUGCACAGGAAGGUCAUUGUAGGCCAGGAGAGGUUCUCUUAGGUACUGAUUCUCACACGUGUACUGCUGGAGCAUUUGGUCAAUUUGCUACAGGGAUUGGAAAUACUGAUGCCGGUUUUGUGCUGGGAACUGGGAAACUUCUGCUCAAGGUGCCCCCAACUUUGAGAUUUGUACUGGAUGGAGAAAUGCCUGAUUAUUUGCUUUCAAAGGAUUUAAUUCUGCAAAUUAUUGGUGAAAUAAGUGUGGCUGGUGCAACCUAUAAAGCUAUGGAGUUUGUUGGCACAACUGUUGAAAGUUUAACUAUGGAAGAACGGAUGACAUUGUGCAACAUGGUUGUCGAAGCUGGUGGAAAGAAUGGCGUUGUUCCUGCUGAUAGUACUACAUUUAAAUAUCUCGAGGGCAAGACAUCUCUGUCAUAUGAGCCUGUUUAUAGCGACCAGGAAGCAAGAUUUCUCUCAGAGUAUAGAUUUGAUGUCUCAAAAUUGGAGCCAGUGGUGGCCAAGCCUCAUUCUCCUGAUAACCGUGCUCUUGCAAGAGAGUGCAAGGACGUGAAGAUUAACAGAGUAUAUAUAGGAUCUUGUACAGGUGGGAAAACAGAGGAUUUCAUUGCUGCAGCAAAAGUGUUUCUGGCAUCAGGUAAAAAGGUCAAAGUUCCCACGUUUCUUGUGCCUGCUACCCAAAAGGUUUGGAUGGACGUAUACAGCAUCCCAGUUCCUGGAUCUGGUGGUAAGACUUGCUCACAGAUAUUUGAAGAAGCUGGGUGUGACACACCAGCUAGUCCUAGUUGUGGUGCUUGUUUGGGUGGCCCAAAAGAUACUUAUGCACGCAUGAAUGAACCUCAGGUUUGUGUUUCAACUACAAAUAGGAACUUCCCGGGCCGAAUGGGACACAAGGAAGGUCAAAUAUAUCUGGCUUCGCCAUAUACAGCUGCUGCAUCUGCAUUGACUGGUUAUGUUACUGAUCCUAGAGAGUUUUUGCAGUAGGAAGUUGUUACACCUCAUUCUAUUAUACACUUUGGUUAUUUAUGAAUUCUCUAGCCCCGAGGUAAUACCAGCAGGAUCACAAAUCCAUUAGUAUUUUUUGGCUGAAGAAAUUUUAUGUAACUUCUAUGAAAUUGGCACUGUGGUAGAUGUCAAAGAAGAUUGACUCAUCUUGUGCUUGUUGAGUAUAGCAUGCUCAUUGUUGUUGCAGCUACUAGAAUGACCGAUUUCAUAUGUAUUUUCUUGUCAAUCCAGCUUUUAGUAAAUCUUUUCUGUUUGUUCCAA